UGUCAAGUAUCCCGUCUCCGUGACUGCUAAAGACAGAGAUGCAGCUAUGAUGGUGGCAGACAUGCAAACGGCAGCAGACCUUGAACGCUCUAUCAGAGGCGUAAAAGGACCUUCGCCUCUCAUCAAUGUCCCUGGCUUCGACAUUGUGUGGAGCUUUCGUCCCGAUUAUAUGCACACUGUCUUGCUUGGUGUCGUGCGCCAGAUGAUGGACAUUUGGUGUUCAAAUGUGGGCAAGGCGCAUUACAUUGGGAGUGCCAGAAUUUUAGCCGAAAUAGAUGGUCGCCUCCUAAGCCAGAGACCUCCACUAUGUUUCAAUAGGGUGCCAAGGUCUCUCAAACUGAGGAAGUACUGGAAGGCGUCUGAGUGGGAGGCUUGGCUGCUUUAUUACAGCCUUCCGUGCCUGAAAGGCAUCUUGGAAGCUGUGUUUUUUGAACAUUUUGCGCUUUUGGUGUCUGCUGUCUACACUCUCUUGAAGAGCCGUGUGACAGCAGACGAUGUAGAUAUCAGCACCAGAAAAAUCACAGAAUUUCUGGUAAUGACCCAGUGUCACUAUGGUGCAGGUGCCAUGACUUCGAAUGUGCACACAUUACUGCAUUUGCCCAAGAGCGUACUGCUGCAUGGGCCACUCUGGGCAGUUUCGUGUUUUGAGUUUGAGAGCAACAUGGGGCGCCUAGUACAUCUAGUGUCGUCUUCUAAUGGCAUUCCUUUUCAAAUCCUUUCACGCAUCCUUUUAUUGAACAACUUCCACUUUCUUCAGUCUAUGGCAUCGCAAGAAGUCCAGGAGCUAUGUAUCCAAGCAAAGAGGAGAAAACAUUCAAGACUUAAAUUACUUGGAAGACCGCAGGCACCUUCUAUGGAGCUGUCAGAUUACAUAAUGGAAAACAUUUCUGGAGUUGUGAAACUUGACGAAUAUAGUCGGGUCUCAGCAGAAGGCUGCACAAUCCACAGUAAUAAUUACAAGUUCGCCCCCCUCAAACGAGAUUCAAGUGUUUUAAAGGUGGGAGGUGAGUACACAAGGGUAGAACACAUAGUGGACGUUUCCAAAGUGGAUGGUACAUCCGAAAUUUUUAUUAUCUCGGAUGUGUACCAUAUCACCAACUUUGAAGAGGUUGACCACUUGAAAGAAGCUGUCAGUUCUGGCUCUAAAAAGGUGCAUUCCCUCUCGAAAUCCCUGCGUCCAUGUGUGUGCCUUGAACUUAAUGGGAAGUUGUUGUUUGCUGAAUUGUGCAACCGCUUUGGCUCAUUUUAAGCUCUGCUUGCAUUUACGUACAAUGCCAAUUUCCGGACAGUUUUUUGAAGGAGUGUGAACACAGGUUAUUAGUUUUUACUAUCUUAUAGGCACAUGUUUAGGCAGAAUGAAGUAUUGCAUAAUUUGUUAUAAUGUUUAGGCUUUUACCACGAUAUGAUUAUGAGCCACGCCAUUGUGGAGGGCU